AUGUCAACGGUGAGACAUUUAUAUUCAAUAUCUGUUAUACAAUUUCCAAUCUAUUAUCCACAACAUUCUGAAUAUUCGUUAGUUAUGAAUAAACAUCAAUUUCAUGAUUCCGGUAUUGUUGAUGAAGGUCUUUCUGAUGAAACUGGUUCAAUAGAAGAUGAUUUAAAUCAACAAGAAAAUUAUAUUGGUAAAACAAAAAUAAUAGAUGAAAAUGAAAUACCAAAAAAACCCAAUCAAUCAUAUCUUGAAAUAAUUGCUGAAGCAAUUUUAAAAACACCAAAUCGUAUGAUGCAAUUAUAUGAAAUUUAUAAUUAUUUUCAACGAAAAUAUCGAUAUUUUGCUGAAGAUGUUAAUAAAUCAUGGAAAAAUAGUGUAAGACAUAAUUUAUCAUUAAAUGAUUGUUUUGUUAAAGCAGAACGUGGAACAAAUGGCAAAGGACAUUAUUGGCGUAUUCAUGAAUUAGCUGAAAAAGAACUUGAACAAGGUCGUUUUCAUCGUCGUCGUUAUCGUCAACAAAUACGACAAUUACAAAUGCAUAAUCAAUCGAUGUCAUCAUUUUAUCCUUCAACAUCAUAUUAUAUGUAUUCAUCACCACCACCACCACCACCACCACCAUCUUAUCAUAGUAUUUAUCCAACUCAAAAUAAUUCAUCAACAACAAUGACAAAUUUUUGUAUGAGAGAAAAUACAUAUCCAUCAUAUGAUCCGUAUUCAUCAUCUUAUUAUCAACAACAACAUCCGAUGACUUUGUCAUAUACAAGUCAAAAUGAAUCAGCAUCAUUUUGA